GCCUCUGGAAAGGAGACAUUUCGGACAACGGCAGUUACUCCACAGUUUGAACAAAACAUAAAUUAUGUGGACUUCAUUCAUUUAAACAUUUUAGAAAAGAAAGUUCUUAAUAAUUCUGUGGUUUCAGUUCAGUAUUUAUGUUCUAAGCCUUGUAUCAUCAACUUGGAAGCUGUAGCUUCCUCUGAGUUCAGGACUGGUGUACCAGUGUAUAGAAGGAGAUGGAAGGAUGAGAAGAACCUUUAUGUUAGCAGAACUCGACAAGUACAUUUGAAAUUUCCAAGCGUCAUGGUUUACAGAGAUGAUUAUAUCAUCAGAAACUCAAUAAUAGUGCACAGUGUGAUAUUAUAUGCAUGGAUUAGUCACAAAUCAGUUAGUGGCUAUGAUGUGGAGCAGAAUGAAGACUACCAGGAUGCAGUUGCCAAGAAUUACACGUUUUUGGAAGCAGUUCCCCCUUUUGAGCGCCCAUAUAAGGACCACAAACUUUGUCUUCAGUGGGGUGCUGACUAUUUAUGGAUGCUCCAGGCAAACAGGAUACCUCAGUGCCCUCAUGAAAGUGAUGAUGUCCAGAUUCUCCACUUUAUAUAUGCUUCCAGUGGGGAGAAAACAGGAAUCGUGAAGAAAUUUGAACAAUUUGAAAACAGAGAACUUGAGACAGUCAGACAACAUCAGAUUGAUUAUCCCAUGUUCACCGUUUCAAUCUGGCUGUAUUUACUCCAUCACUGUGAAAAGGAUCUAUGUGGUAUACUCUAUUUUAUUGAUCCAAAAGAAAUGUAUAGUACUCCUGCUGUAUUUCUAAAUGAGGAAGGUUAUGUGCAUAUACAGGUGCACCUCAUGAGAGGAGAUGACCUUGCAGUGAAAACUAGCUUCAGCCUUCCUCUGAGGCAGUGGUUUCGACUGGAUCUCUCUUUCAAGGGUGGACAGAUAGAAGCAAGCAGUGUUGGGAAGAAUUUGAAAAUACAUCAUCAUCAGUCUUUUAAUUUUAGGGAAGAUUUUUAUUAUGAUGACACUGCUGGAUACUUUGUUCUUGGAGGCAGCGGGUAUGUAAAUGGUAUUGAAGGAUUCUUUGGACCUGUGAAAUAUUAUCGUCUCAAGGUGCUGGAAACAGAACAGAUUUCUAACCCUCUUCAUGACAAAGAAACAAUGGAACAAAUUGAACUCUACUAUGAGAGAUGUAUGGACAUUCAAGAACUAGUUUAUGAGUACAGAUAUAUUGUAAGGCAAGGCGAAAAAGUGCAAAGAAAUUGUUACUAUGAAAACUAUUAUUUGGAGCUGAUGCACAAAUAUGGAGAAAAAUCCAAAUGUGAUGCCUUCACGUGGGGAAAAGAGCUCAAGGAGAAGUACCACACUUUGUUCAAACUGUUACAAGAGAUGGAUUUCAGUGUUUCAGAUGAAGAUGGAAGUGAUGCAGUUCUAGAAGUUGGCCAGAGGAUAUUUGAGAAGGUUGCAAAGGGUCUGUCCAGCGCUGAUGGCCUCAGCAAUAUGGGCUACUUUGUCCCUCUCUUGGUGGAUUCCAGUUGUUGUGGAUACCAUAAGGCUUCCUAUUUCCUUGCAGUUAUAUUUGAAACAGGGCUUGGUGUGUCUUUGGAUCGUACAAAGGGACUGCUGUACAGUUUGGUUGGUGCUCAGGGAAACGAGAGACUUGCUGCGAUGAAUCUUGGCUAUAAACAUUACCAAGGCAUUAAUAAUUAUCCACUUGAUUUGGAGCUGUCAUAUGCUUAUUACAGUAAUAUUGCAAUAAAGACAUCAUUGGAUCAACACACUAUAAAAGGGGAACAGGCAUUUGUUGAAACUAUAAGGCUGAUGGAUGAUGAACUGCUAAAAGCCCAAACAAAAGAAAAUGGUGAUGUCUUUAUGUGGCUAAAACAUGAAGCAACAAGAGGAAAUGCAGCUGCACAGCAACGAUUGGCUCAGAUGCUGUUUUGGGGCCAACAAGGAGUAGCAAAAAAUCCUGAAGCUGCAAUAGAAUGGUAUGCAAAGGGUGCAAUAGAAACAGAAGAUCCAGUGUUAAUAUAUGAUUAUGCCAUUGUGUUAUUUAAGGGCCAAGGUGUGAAGAAGAAUACAAAACUUGCUUUGGAACUGAUGAAGAAAGCAGCAGCCAAGGGCUUGCCCCAGGCAGUGAAUGGAUUGGGAUGGUAUUACCACAAUUUUAAAAGAGACUACAGAAAAGCAGCUGAACACUGGUUAAUUGCUGAAGAAUUGGGAAAUCCAGAUGCGUCAUACAACCUCGGAGUCCUUUAUUUAGAUGGGAUCUACCCUGGAGUAGCUGGUAGAAAUCAAACAGUUGCUGCACGCUACUUCUAUAAGGCUGCCCAAGGAGGACACAUAGAAGGGACUUUACGAUGCUCUCUGUACUACAUCACAGGAAAUAUGGAAGACUUCCCCAGAGAUCCAGAAAAAGCUGUAAUCUGGGCAAAACACGUUGCAGAGAAGAACGGCUACUUAGGUCAUGUCAUCAGAAAAGCUCUCAAUGCUUAUCUGGAACUUUCAUGGCAUGAAGCUUUGCUGCAUUACGUUUUAGCAGCUGAAACUGGGAUUGAAGUGUCACAGUCAAAUUUAGCACACAUCUGUGAAGAAAGACCAGACCUAGCAAGGAAAUACUUAGCAACUGAUUGUGUUUGGAGAUACUACAAUUUCUCUGUUUCUCAAGUCAGUGCACCAUCAUUUGCUUAUUUGAAGAUGGGUGAUUUCUACUACUAUGGUUACCAGAACCACUCUAAAGACCUUGAGCUCUCAAUGCGGAUGUAUGCACAAGCUGCAUUAGAGGGAGAUUCCCAGGGUUUCUUUAAUUUGGCCCUUGUCAUAGAAGAGGGCAACUCCAUACCUUCCUACAUCCUGGAUCACCUGGAAAUUGAUCGGGCAUUGCAUUCUAGUAAUACAUCCCUUCUUCAGGAACUCUAUUACAGGUGCUGGAAUACUAGUAACCAGGAAUCAAUUAGUCCGUGCUCAUUAGCAUUGCUUUAUUUUUACACGAGAGUUUUCUGGAACAAUAUUGUACAGUCUACUCUGAUCUACUUCAUGGGAACCCUUCUUUUGUCAAUUCUGGUUGCAUUUGCAGUGCAGUAUUUUCAGCCUUUAUCUGCCCGUAGUUCUCCUGGAAGAAGAUCAGGACCAUUGUCAGAUGAACCUCUUUCCUCAGGGAACAGCAACGAGAACUCUACCAGACUAGUGCAGCAAGAUGAAUCUACGUUUUCAAACGAUUUAGCACAGCAGGACUUAGACCCUCAGAAUCCUCUUGUUACAAGCUGA